AUGUUGACACUGCCAUUCGAGGAUUCUCAUAUGAUGUGUGAGCCGCGGUUCGGUGCCAAUUUUCCCCGUGAAAGCUUACCUGAGAGUCUGGAGCAGGAGCGACAACACAACCCGGAGAGGUCCAACUCAGACAUGAGGGAGGCCGAGGACGAGCUCUCCGACCGAGAGGAGGACGAGAGGGAGGAGGACCAGGAUGAUGACGGGCUCCCUAAAAAGAGGGGCCCGAGGAAAAAGAAGCAGGGGAAGGAGCAGAUGGACCGGUCCAAACUCCGGCGCCAGGAGGCCAACGCCCGGGAACGCAGCCGGAUGCACGGCCUGAAUGCAGCGCUGGAGAGCCUGCGCAAAGUUGUGCCAUGCUACUCCAAAACUCAAAAACUGUCCAAGAUUGAGACCCUCAGACUGGCUAAGAAUUACAUCUGGGCCCUGUCGGAGACCCUGAGCGCGGGGAAAAGACCGGACCUCCUCACCUUCGUGCAGACUUUGUGCAAAGGAUUAUCUCAGCCCACGACCAACCUGGUGGCCGGGUGCUUGCAGCUCAAUGCCAGAAAUUUCCUCACAGACCACAACGGGGAGGUCAUGUUCUCUGGCAGGUCGCCCUACGAUGCCAUGUACUCAUACCCGGGCUCAGACGUGAACACGCCCCCUGGACACAGCGCGAGCAGCUUGGACACCGGCGCCAAGCCCUUCAGACACUACAGCUACAGCAGCGCUUACGAGUCCUACUACGAAAACCCGUCCCCGGAGAGCACGAGUCCGCAUUUCGACGGCCAGCUGAGCCCUCCCAUGAACUUUAACGGGAUUUUCUCCCUCAAACACGACGAUCCGCCAGACUACGGCAAAAGCAGCCACUAUGGCAUGCGCUACUGCAGUGCGCCAGGACGCACAGCUCUUGCGCACAACUCCAUGUACCGAGUCUCCCAGGAGGCCCGUUUCCCCUACGACCUGCACGUCCGCAGCCAGUCCUUCCAAGCACAAGGGGAAGUUAAUGGCUCUUUCCACAAUUAA